GCGCCCAGAGUGCCACGCCUCCAUUACCCACAAUGCAGCGUGAGUAGGGGAGGAACGAAUUCUGCCAGGAGUUGAUAUGGCUCCAUUAGUUACACCGUUCUCUCUCUAUCUCUUCACUUCACCAGAGACUUAACUGCCAGGACUAGGCCGUCCAGCAGGAGUUAAAUAUUCUUCGGCUCUCCGCUGACUGCGAUGAGAGGAGCCACUGACGCUGAACGACUCCCUCGCCGAGUUCAAGUCCGUAAUCAGGGAGCACCACUUCCGCUGACGUCAUCACGGCGACACGUGGAUCCAAGAUGGCGGCGGCGAUGCAGGAUUGGUGGCUGUGGUCCCUGGUACUUCUCUCUCUCACAGCUGAAACAAACGCCUUCUAUGUCCCAGGGGUUGCACCAAUCAACUUCCACCAAAACGACCCUGUAGAAAUCAAGGCUGUGAAACUCACCAGCUCUCGAACUCAGCUACCUUAUGAAUACUAUUCGUUACCCUUUUGCCAGCCCAGCAAAAUAACCUACAAGGCAGAGAAUUUGGGAGAGGUGCUGAGAGGGGACCGGAUUGUCAACACCCCUUUCCAGGUUCUCAUGAACAGCGAGAAGAAAUGUGAAGUGCUGUGCAACCAGUCCAACAAGCCAGUGACCUUGACAGUGGAGCAGAGCCGGCUGGUGGCUGAGCGUAUCACAGAAGAUUACUACGUCCACCUCAUUGCCGACAACCUGCCUGUGGCCACCCGGCUAGAGCUCUACUCCAACCGUGACAGUGAUGACAAGAAGAAGGAAAAAGAUGUGCAGUUUGAACAUGGCUACCGGCUGGGCUUCACAGAUGUCAAUAAGAUUUACCUACACAACCACCUCUCGUUCAUCCUUUACUAUCACCGGGAAGACAUGGAAGAGGAUCAGGAACACACGUACCGUGUCGUCCGCUUCGAGGUGAUUCCCCAGAGCAUCAGGCUGGAGGACCUCAAAGCAGAUGAAAAGAGUUCAUGUACCCUGCCUGAGGGUACCAACUCCUCACCCCAAGAAAUUGACCCUACCAAGGAGAAUCAGCUAUACUUUACCUACUCUGUGCACUGGGAGGAAAGUGACAUCAAAUGGGCCUCUCGCUGGGACACUUACCUGACCAUGAGUGACGUGCAGAUCCACUGGUUUUCUAUCAUUAACUCCGUUGUGGUGGUCUUCUUCCUGUCAGGGAUUCUGAGCAUGAUUAUCAUCCGGACCCUCCGCAAGGACAUUGCCAACUAUAACAAGGAGGAUGACAUUGAAGAUACCAUGGAGGAAUCUGGGUGGAAGCUUGUGCAUGGUGACGUCUUCCGGCCACCUCAGUACCCCAUGAUCCUCAGCUCCCUGUUGGGUUCAGGCAUUCAGCUGUUCUGUAUGAUCCUCAUCGUCAUCUUUGUGGCCAUGCUUGGGAUGCUGUCACCCUCCAGCCGAGGAGCACUCAUGACCACAGCCUGCUUCCUCUUCAUGUUCAUGGGGGUGUUUGGUGGAUUUUCUGCUGGCCGACUCUAUCGCACUCUAAAAGGCCAUCGGUGGAAAAAAGGAGCCUUCUGUACGGCGACCCUGUACCCUGGAGUGGUUUUUGGCAUUUGCUUUAUACUGAAUUGCUUCAUCUGGGGAAAGCACUCGUCAGGAGCGGUGCCAUUUCCCACCAUGGUGGCUCUGCUAUGCAUGUGGUUUGGGAUAUCCCUGCCCCUCGUCUACUUGGGCUACUACUUUGGCUUUCGCAAGCAGCCAUAUGACAACCCCGUACGCACCAACCAGAUUCCCCGGCAGAUCCCUGAACAGAGGUGGUACAUGAACCGAUUUGUGGGCAUCCUCAUGGCUGGAAUCCUGCCCUUUGGUGCCAUGUUCAUUGAGCUGUUUUUCAUCUUUAGUGCCAUCUGGGAAAAUCAGUUCUAUUACCUCUUUGGCUUCCUGUUCCUCGUUUUCAUCAUCCUGGUGGUGUCCUGUUCACAAAUCAGCAUCGUCAUGGUGUAUUUCCAGCUAUGUGCAGAGGAUUACCGCUGGUGGUGGAGGAAUUUCCUUGUAUCCGGGGGAUCUGCAUUCUACGUCCUGGUCUAUGCCAUCUUUUACUUUGUUAACAAGCUGGACAUCGUCGAGUUCAUCCCAUCUCUCCUCUACUUUGGCUACACGGCCCUCAUGGUCUUGUCCUUCUGGCUGCUCACGGGCACCAUUGGCUUCUAUGCAGCCUACAUGUUUGUCCGCAAGAUUUAUGCUGCUGUGAAGAUUGACUGACGGGUGGACCAUGGCCAGGCCCGCAAUGUCCUCGGACAGGAAGCCACCCUGCGUGGGGGAACUGCAGGCACACGAAAUAAAAUACUCCUGCUCAUUUGGAAUGCAACUCCUGGCACGGUGUUCCUGGAUCCUGGGGCUGCGUGGGGGUGGGGAGGCCUUUAGAUAAACCUUACAUUUUUCUUCAUCUUAUUCCAAUUCUGUGAGGGAUGAGUUUUUAUUUUGUUUUUGUUUUGUUUUGUGGGAGUCUUUUCCCUUUUUUUUUUUUUUUUUUUCUUCAGUGCUAAAAAAAAUUCCCUCCGCUAAGAGCUCUCUGACCUGUUUAUUCAGGUUUAUUUUUGGUUGGAGGUUUUAUUUCCUUCGUUCAUUUUUGUUGCUGUUACUGUUUUUUUAAAGCAAAUGGAUCCAGGAUGGAUAAAUCCACCAAGAUAUUGGUUUUUGGUCACUGUCUCUACCCCAGUUCCUCAGGGCUGUUGGCCAUCCUACCACUAACUGGAAAAGGAAACACGGGGGCCAGAAGUAAGGGUUCUGAGCCUUUCGCUGCCCAGCCUCACCGCCAAUGCCGAGACAUAACACAGGCCUAACCUGGACAGCGCCCUCGGUGCCAACCAGCCUCCGCCAGACCCUCUCCCUCCCUCUCCCCCGGCUGUGCCUCCACUCAUCCUCUCACCAGGAGCAAGCUGAGGCCUUGGUUGCUACAAGGAGGUCUUGGGAAGUGCUGGCUGAGGUUCUUUAGGACAGCAGGACGCUCCCUGAGCAGAGCAGCUGGAGUCUGUUAACCAGUGAAGAGGAAGAGAAGAGUCCUGCAAUGAACUGUUCUUGUGCCAAGAAACCCUGGACCUGGGGCCAAGUAUCUGCAGACCCAAGUGUCCACAUGUCUGUCAGGGAAGGGGUGGCUGAGGCUGCUAGAGUACUUGCCCUUCAGGAUUACUUCCUUCCCCCGCCCCCAUCCUUUACUUGGGGGUGCCACUCUGUCAAAGUGAGCUGGUGGCAGACCUCCUCCUGCCCCACUUCCAGGGCAGAAGGAGGAGGCCUCGGGUCCUCAGAUCCCCUCCUUUAGGUGUCUGGGAAGGACACACUCUUCCCUGACAUACCCCGGACUCAGCAUUUCUCAGUUCUUCUAGCCAGACCCAACCCCACCACCUCCCACCCUAAUUCUUUUGAGGCUACCCAGAAAACUGCUGUGAGAGGAAGAUGAAGGUAAGUUUGAUUGUUCCUUCCCCAGGGUCUUCAGGCUGGAAAGAGGUGGUCACGUAGCCGGCCUGGUGCCUCUACAAGCCCCCAGCUCUUCCCACUCCUGCCUACCCCGCGCAAGUCACAGACAUUUACUCUUACAUUGCAAGAGACCAAAUCUAACGUGAGAUUGGGGUUUGAGUCCUUUGGGACCCCACUGUGAGAUAACUCAGGAUGCUGGUGAUGCUUAAAAUGCACCCAGCCCUCGCUGCCCCGGUCUACUGGGGGCCAGGCCAGCUCCAGUGCCGAGAGUCGAACCAGUGAACUCAGUCUCCCCUCACAGUGACUCCUCAGCACCAGGCAGCACCCACCAUGAAUCAGGUUGGAGAGAAGGGGACCCAAACAGUAGAGAAUGAUCAGGAGUCUUUUGUUCAUUCAAAUUUUGAAUAUUUUCCCUAAGAGAUUCUUUUGGGAGGGAGUGAGGAAAUGGGACUCUUCCAAGGGUUCAACCAUUGUCGAUUUUUUUGACUUUUUAAAUCAUCAUUAUUUUUAAUUAAAGAAAAAUGCCUGUAUGCCUUUUUUUGGUCUAAUUGUAAAUAAAAAUACCAUUGUCCUGUU